UUAUCCCUUCCCAUCCCACCUAGCUCAGCAUACAGCAGUAAGUUAGGACUUCCUCAUAGCUCCUCUCCUGCUUAGCUUUAUGUGCUUUGCCACUCCAAAUCACCUUUUCUAGUUGCUGGCGGAGUCGUGGUUUAGGCAUGGAUGCCGAUGUCGAUACCGAGUGGGAGUGGGACAAGAUGUGGAGGAAGCAGCGAGAGGAGGAGCGGCGGAAGCAACGGGCAGCCGAACGGGCAAACACAAACUGGAGAAGGCACAGUGCGGGUGGCGUAGCCGGAGAUUUUUCCGACGAGUGGAAGAUGCUAGUGUCACAGCAGGGACAGGAAGAAGCAGCAAUGGAGGAGGCGGUUUCGUGCCAUCCGUUUCGGUUGAUGAAGAGUAAAAGCGCACAGAGCGACAGCACGAUCAGUAACGAGCGGCCGGUCGCUGGAAACGGCCUGGCGAAGAGCAUGAGCGAGAGGAUGGAUCCGGCGUCUUCGUCCGGCGAGAGCGAGGAGUUCCACUUCCACAAUCUCAGGCGCACGAAGCGCAGCUCGUCCAUGAGCAGCUCGUCUGCGGGGACGUCGUUCUUCCCCGCCUCCUGGUCCUCGGGAAACCUGGGACUCCCCGCGGCUCCACCCUUCCCGGUGUCUGCAUCCACGGGGAGCGUGCCGCCGAAAUCGACGGCGGGUAUGAGGGGACCGCAGCACCCGUCUGGCGUCCCUCGGCGAAGGCGGAGCGAGAGCGUCGGGUCCAUGGACGUGGGGUCCAUGGGCGUGGGACUGACACCGAACUCCAUCUUCCUGCCUCGCAGCACCAGCGAACGCUUCGACGUAACGAGUUCCUCCGAGUCCGGUAGAUCAGGAGGGUCGGUCGUCGCAGCAGCUGUCGCAGCAGCAGUCGCAGCAACGGACGGCUAUGAAUGGAGCGAUCACGGGUACGGGUCUCAUGUCGCCAAUGCCUCUACCAGCAGCCGCAGCAGAGGCAGGCGAUUUGCGUCCGAGGAGUUGCCCCAGCGCCCCGUGAGCGCAUCCGCGGAAUUGUCAGGAUCUGCAGCGAGGCUCUCGCAGUUCCCGCCUCCUCGAGUCAGGCGUCCGUCCUCCCCACCCUCUUUCGCCUCGCCCAUUCCCGUCGCUGACCCUAUCUGCCCCGAUACAGCAGAACCCGAUAUAACUUUCCAGCCUCAAGUCGCGGAAAUGGCGCCUGUUUCCGUUGACGCGUUUGGCGUGCAGCGGCUGUCGCUGCAGGUGAACCGGCUAGAGGUCCACCCUGACGGUUCCAGCAGCCGAGAUGGCAGUCCACGUGGCAGUCUCGGAAGCCCCGCUAGCAGCUGCGGCGCCAGUCCACGUGCCAGCUGGUCAGGCAGUCCGCGUGGCAGCAUAUUCAGCAGUCCACGUGGCAGUUAUGCCAGCAGCCCGCGCGGCAGAGGCUCCAGCAGCGCACGUGGCGGUAGUUACAGCGGCAGCCAGCGGAACAGCGUUCAGAGCAGCCGGCAGAGCAGCAGGGAGAAUAGCCCGAAGGACGGUCAGGAGACCACCUCCUUGGAGGUGUUCACUUCCCUCAUUGCGGGGUCAGGUAGCCAUGCGGGUAGCCAUGCGGGUAGCCAUGCGGGUAGCCAUGCGGGUAGCCAUGCCGUAAGCCAUGCGGAUGCGGGUAGCCAUGCGGGUAGCCAUGCCGGAAGCCACGCGAGCAGCGCGGCGCACAGCUUAUCCGGCAGUCUCACAAGCAGCCCUAGAGGCGUCAGCUGCGCCUAUAACCCCUGGGAGGGGUCUGCAGCCGGCGAUGUCAUCCGCUCUUCCGUCGCGCCUUUCUCGACGCCCGGUCAGAGUGCCGGCCAGCCGACUAUCCAGCAGCUGCUAGACGCUCUUAAAGCCAUCAGCCCGGACGACGCGCUCGAAACCGCCGCGGCUGCUGUUGCCGCGGCGACCGCCGCAGCAGUCGCAUCCAUGCCACCCGGCGUGUCCAUUCCCCUUCCAGCCAUCUCCCCGUCCGCGUUAUUAGCCCCUAUCGCGGUCCCAAUAGGGGACGAGGGUUUAAGCCGGCGGCUGAGCAGCGGGAUGGAGGGGCUGAGCCGGCCGGGGUCGCCGCUGGCGCCCGUGCUGGAGAUGCCGCACGAGGAGGACCCGGGCUGCGACGCCCCGCGCCCUGCACCACGCGCAGACGCUGCUGCCGGGCGACGGCGUGCGUUGCCGCCUUCGGCGCCAGCAGACGGCGGAGCGGGCGAUAGAGACGGCACUGUGGGUUGCAGCGGCGAUGGCGGUGACGACAGCCCGUUAGGGUCGCCCAUUCUAGGGUUAGGCGCCCGGGCGUUCUCGGAGGGCGGGAUGGAGAGAGGCGGGGGGCGGGCGGAGGAUCUGCGGCGGAGUCGCAGUGCGAGCGGCGGGGAGGGGGGGGGGGCGGAGUUUGUCAGCUUUCACGCGGACACGCUGCUGCUAGACGCCAGCGACUCGCGCGCAGAGCUCGCAGGGCGGCCGCAGCAGCAGGCAGGCGCGCAGCAGACGCCGCCGUCGCCUGCACUCUCGAGCCCCUUCAGCAGCCGCAGCACGUCCGCGGACGGCGGGGGGGAGGAGAGCGACCCUCUGGGCGACCUGCCAUGCGGCUUCGUGAGCCGCGUGAGUCUCAGCUGCUGGGGAACCACAGCGUCCGGCGGAGAAGGCGCGUGGGAGGCGGGGGCAGGGACAGGCGCAGGCGUGGGGGGCUCUCCGCGGUUUUCUGCGCGUGCGCAGUUUCCCCCGUCGUGCUCGCUGAGCCACUAUCUGCAGGGGGAUAGCGAGGACGAUGGGGAACCGCUGGAGGAGGGCGAGGGGGAGGGGGGGGAAGGGGAAGAGGGGAGAGCGGAUGGGACAAAAGAGCGGGAGGACGAGAGGAAAGGGGGGGAGGGAGAGAAGGAGAGAACGCAAGGGGAAGGAGGAGGCGCGAGAGAAAAACGGGGAGUCGAACAGGGCAAGGGAGGGGGAAAAGGAUGUGGGGGCGAAGGGGAGAGCGGGGAGGGACGGGACGUGGGGGAAGGAGAAAGGAUAAGUGGAGAGGGUGACGUAGCGAGGGAGACAGACGGGGGAGGAUGGGGAGGCGGAGGUGCAAGCGAGGCAAGUCAAGGCAGCGGCGUCAGCCACAGGGCAGGUCAUGCUGCUUUGAAGUCAAAGGUCUCAGGUCCCGUUAUGGCCAACAGCGAUAGCAGCAGCAGCACGAACAGCAGCAGUGGCAGUAUCCCCGUCCUUAGCCCUUCCAGCAGCAUUGAUGUAGGGGGCGAGGGGCAAGGGGAGACGCCAUGGGCAGAGCACGGGGAGGAGAGGCACAGGGGCGCUCAUGCUGCCGCUGCUUCUGGUGCUGCUGCUGCUAGCGAGCAGGUAGGAGGAGGAGGGUCAGGGGCAGAAGGAGAGAAGGCAGGGGCGGACGAAUCUACGAGCGCGAUUGGGGAGGGAGCGGGUCAGAGGGGGCCGCAUGUGUGGAAGGAAGGGCCGGGGCUCGGGGAGAGGCGGAGAAGCUUCGAUGCAGGUGCGCUGCUGAGGCAGGAGGGGGGAGCGGAGAGGAGGAGAGGGGGGGAGAGGAGCGGGCGAGGGGAGAGGCGGGCGGAGGUGGACUGGCUGGGGUUGGAGUUUGGCGCGGCGUGGAAGGGGGAGGAGACAGGGGAUAUGGGAGGGUUUACAUGGGAAGAAGCGGGGGCAGUGUGGGUGGUCCACAAGAGGGAUGGUGGUGGUGGCUCGAGGACAGGGGAGGGGAGGAGUGGUGGACAGCAGGGAGAGGAGGAGGCAGGAGGCGUUGGAGAAGAGACAGAAGGGGAUUUAGGGGGCGCCAGAGAAUUGGAAGAAGGCAAAAGCGUGGGGGAAUUGAGGAAUGGCGGGGAGAGGAGGGAAGGGGAAGCGGUAACGGAGCGGAAAGAGGGGUGGGGACAUGGAGAACGUGGGGCAGAAGCCGGGGGUGGGGGAAGAGGUGACGAUAGAAGUAGGGGUGACGGGAGGUCUGAGGGUGUGCAGAACGGUGGCACUGCGGAGGAGAAGGAGAAGGUCGCAAGCGUACGAGCGAGGCCAGUGCGGGUGCUGUUCCCCACGUCGGUGUCGCUCAGCCACUAUCUGCGCGACUCUGCUGAGGGCGGCGAGGAGGAUGAGCUGCUGGAAGAGCUGGCGGAGGACGCCAGGGAGCAGGGGAGGGGGAACAGCGUGGAAAAAAGGGGUGGGGGGGGGAAGGGGGGAAUGGGAAGUGCGAGCGGGGAGCCUGAUAGGUCGGGAUCAAGCAGAGGGGUCGGUGCUGUGCCUCCUCUUGCUGCCUCCAGCCCUCCUUUUUCCGCAUCUAAACCACCUCGCCCAUCUGCAACUCCCCGCAUCCCUGCUGCCUCUCCUCCCCCCCAACCCGCUGCUAUCACGUCACCCUCCCCUCCUGCUGCCGCCUGCCCAUCACCUCCCCCCCCCUCUGCUGCUGCUGCUGCUGCUUCUCUUACUUCGCCCCCAUGCUGCCCUCCUGGUGCCUGUGCGGCCAACAUGGCAGCCUUUCUCAGAACCUUCCUGGAUCUUUCCUCCACGCCCUUCCUGUCGGUCGCUCUGCCCUCCGCCACCAUCGCCAGCUGUAACGACGCCACGUGUCGCAUGAUGGAACGGCCACGUCAUCAGCUGCUCUCGCGCAAGCUUGCCUCCCUGCUCGUUCCUGAGCAGCCGCAUCAGGAUGAGCAGCCACUCGGGAAGCAUGGCGAGAUUGAGGGCGGGGAGCAGGAGCAUGGAGAGGGAUGUGGGGACAGCCAUGGGCACAGGGAUAGGGCCACGGACGGUAGGCAGCAGCAAGGGGAGGGGCGGAAGAGGGAGUAUGAGAGGCUGUCCCUGGAGGCCUGGUUGUCAGCCAUCGCGCGCACUGGGUUUGGGGAAGCUCCCCUUACAGUCACACUCAGCAGGCCUAACGCGCUUACACCCAUCCACGCCACUCUCUUUGCUGCCAGUCUGCAGCCUUGCAACCCUCUCUCCCAACCCUUUCACACUCUGGAGGCAGCUGAACAGGCUUCCUCUGCAGACUCUGAAUGCUACCAUGCCUCUCACUCCUCCCAUGCCCCUCAGCACGGUGAUUCCACUCCGGGCUUAGCACUGCCUGCGCUCUCUGCUGCCACAGGAAGGGCUGUCAGCAAUGCUGGUAGCACACCCGCCGCAGCCGUGGAGGCUACAGUGGCCAUCAUGCUCCAGGUGCUACCAUAGCCCCACUCUAGCAAGCCUGCUGUAGACAGCUAUCGGCAUACAUCAGCGACUCAGCAUAUCAGGCCUCAGCACUGCUGUACAGAAAGGGCAUGUCUGGGAGUUGGUGCAAGGGUCAACAGUUAUAACCUGCAGUAGGUUCUAGUCUGGCCUGUUGGUUGGUGCAUUGCUUUGCAAGAUUGCACUGUGCCUAGGGCUGUACUGGUAUUUAUUGGAUGCUGGAGAAGUUACUGUGUUC